AUGCUCCAGAAUCAUUCCUAUGACUCAUUGGUGAAGUGUUCUACAAUAUUUUUAAACCUAUGGUCACUUAUAUUGUAUAACAUUAAAAAUGCUGUUUUACAAAGAGAAUAUGCUGAAUUAAAACAAAUUUAUAAUUUAUUCUCUGAGGAGUAUUUUUAG